GGUUGCUUCAGUAAUUUAGUCAUGCCAUGCGGCAUCAAUGUCAUCUCCGCCCUACCCAAUCUUUUCUCGUAGCGAAGUUGCGUUGUCGGCGCACUCCUCCUCCUUCUCUUCUUCCGGCGUGGGUUACCGUCUUACCGUUGCAAAGAUGAAUGUAGAGAAGCUCAUGAAGAUGGCUGGUGCUGUUCGCACUGGGGGAAAGGGCAGUAUGCGCAGGAAGAAGAAGGCAGUUCACAAGACUACAACAACUGAUGAUAAGAGGCUUCAAAGCACCUUGAAGAGAAUAGGCGUGAAUGCCAUUCCUGCUAUAGAAGAAGUUAACAUUUUUAAGGAUGAUCUUGUUAUUCAAUUUGUUAACCCUAAGGUGCAAGCUUCAAUUGCAGCCAAUACAUGGGUUGUUAGUGGGUCUCCUCAGACAAAGAAACUUCAAGAUCUGCUACCUGGGAUCAUUAACCAACUAGGACCUGAUAAUUUAGAAAACCUGAAGAGGCUUGCGGAGCACUUGCAGAAACAGGCACCUGGUGCAGGUGCACCUGCGAAACAGGAUGACGAUGAUGAUGUCCCUGAGCUGGUGCCUGGCGAGACAUUUGAAGCUGCUGCUGAUGAAAAUCAAGCUUCUUAGAGAACACAUGUUUCCGAGAGAAUUUAUCAGACCUUUCAUGCAGUUGUUAUCUGAUUUUGAGUGAUCUACAUGUGAAGCUGAUUUUGUCUUUUAUGUUAUAUGGAUCAUUAAUUAGAAAAGCAAAUCCUUUGUUCUUUCUUUCAAUACAAUGUCUUAAGAGUAAUGGCUAGUUUUGUAUUUCGUGCAUGAGAUUCACCUGAACUUGUGCAUGAGUUGCCCAAAGGCAUCAUAGUGUACCUGUUUGAUUGACUUUUUGAAGUGUUACAUUAUUGAGCAAAUUCCUGAUAA